GAAAGAAACAUGAGAGAAACACCACCUAAAAUUUCCUUUAUCAUGUUCAUUUUCCUGUUUUCUUCCACCAUGUUCACUUCUUUCUUUAUGGAGUUUCACAGUCCAAGUCUCAACCCCGAGAAAAUUCCAAACUCCCCAAUGAAUUUCUUGGUCUGGAAGAUCUCUAAUUUGUUCAAUCACGAAAUAAAUAACUUCCAAAAAUGGGGGAAAAUUUAUCAUCUUUACCCAAAAACAAUCCAAUUAACCAACUCUAUUAUCGAACAUGCAAACCAACCCCUAUUAUCAACAACAAAUAGGUUAGAUGGAUAGUGGAAUUUAAUUAAGUCAUCAUAAUUGGACAAACUGGCCAGCUGCCUAUGUUUUCUGGACAAGCUGUUGCAGGAACUAUCCAGUUUAAUUUGCAAUCUCAAGUUUUGGCCUCGGUAAUGUCUACUUACUAGCACUCCUAGGAUUCCUCAGAUGAGGUGUUCAAUAACAGAUUAAAAUUAAUCUAAAAAGUUCCUCACAUCAAUAUUGGAAAUCUAAAAAGUUCAAUGGAUUUGAAUUCUUGAAAAAGUGAAAGUUGUAUUGAAAAAGAAUGGAACAUUUUGCAAUGUCCCCAAAUAGGAAUUGCGUCAUAUAAAUUGCAACUGAGACAGUAACUUAUUAUGUAACAAUUUUUGUUUUGGGCAAGCCAUGAUGGCAGGACUAAUGCAGGCUUAGUUUCAUCAAGGGAAUUUCCAAGAACAGCAUUUUCAGGGUUUGCAGGCAAUGGGAUCUCUCAAUUUGAGCUCUCAACUGAGAACAGAUGGGGCCCUUGCAGCUGCUCAAGAAAGGAUGAACAAAGGUCAACUAAUGCAGAAGUUGUCUCAGCAAGCUUCCCUUGCCACCAGUCAGAAGGACAUCAUGUGUGAACCCUCGGUUACCAAUGGGAAAUCUUCUACGAUUCAAUAUACUUCAUCACAACCUCAGUGGUUGAAGCAAAUGCCUAGAAUUACUUCUCCAAAUUCGGCCUCUUACCGUCUUCAACAGCAGAGGCAGCAGGAACAGCAACUGGGGCAUCCCGAGAUGCAUCAGUAUCAGCAGCUCCAACAGCAACAACAACAACCUCAGCAGAUUUUGCAUCAGCAGCAGUCUUCUCCAACAAUGGCUGUCCCUACUGACCACAAUUGUCUGAGUUUGACUGGAUCAGAACCAGAUGCCACUGGAUCUGAAACGACGACUCCUGGGAGUAGUUCAAGCCUGGGGACUGAAGGAAGCAAUCAGCUUCUUGGGAAGAGAAAGAUACAGGAUUUAGUUUUACAGGUGGAUCCGCAGGGAAAAGUUGAUCCUGAAGUUGAAGAGCUUCUUUUAGAGAUUGCUGAUAACUUUAUUGAUUCGGUUACUACAUUUGCUUGCAAUUUGGCAAAGCAUAGGAAAUCUUCGACUCUGGAGUCCAAAGAUGUAUUGUUACAUUUAGAGAAAAAUUGGCAUUUGACUGUUCCAGGCUUUUCAAGUGAGGAUAAGAAGCAUCCUUCAGAAGAUUCAUCAAGUGAUCUCCACAAGGAGGGUCCAGAAAUGGUACGCACCAUGACGGAGGCUUCAUCACAAGCUGAAACAAGUACAAGCGGUAGCACUAAGGAGACCAUCAGUCCUGGGCUGGGUGACCAUGUUGGUUCGAGUGACAGAGUCGGACCACCAAGUUCAGAGGAAUUGGCUUCAGAGCCUAAUGAUCAAAUAUAAUGCAACAUUAACUAGGUUCUCACAUCCCUGGAGUUUGGCAUACCCCUAGCUUCACUGUAAUAAAUACUUGUUCUAGAAUAAGUUCAACUGUAAUUUGCUUUGUCGACUGAAGAACAUAAACAUAGUCGUUGUGAAUUUGCUUGCCCGCUUAUGUUAUUUGCAUGAUUGCUCUC